CACGGAGCUGGAUGCCUAAAACAGUUAGCCCGCCUCAGACUGAAGAAAAUCACUCUACUGCGGCCAACCUGAGCGUCGCCGCUUCAUUCCCGGCCGGGCAUCAGGGCCCGGAAGGAAGGAGUCGGGGAGGGGCGGAGCGGAGAAGAGAAGAAGAGAGGAGAGGGGAAGCGCGGAGCGGCCUCCUGUGUUGGUGCCGGCUGGAGUUGCGUACGGAGCGGCCCGGAUCGCAAGCUCUUAACCGCGGAACCUGCAAGAUUUGGAUAUGUCCUUUAUAUUUGACUGGAUUUAUAGCGGUUUCAGUAGUGUACUGCAGUUUUUAGGACUGUACAAGAAGACUGGCAAAUUAGUAUUUCUUGGAUUGGAUAAUUCUGGAAAAACUACCCUUUUGCACAUGCUUAAAGAUGACAGACUUGGACAGCAUGUCCCAACAUUACAUCCAACCUCAGAAGAGCUGACAAUCGCUGGUAUGACUUUCACUACUUUUGAUCUAGGUGGACAUGCCCAAGCUCGCAGAGUUUGGAAAAACUACUUGCCUGCCAUCAAUGGUAUUGUCUUUCUGGUGGACUGUGCAGAUCAUGAAAGAUUGGCUGAAUCUAAGCAGGAACUUGAUGCACUAAUGACAGAUGAAACUGUUGCUAAUGUGCCUAUUCUUAUUCUUGGAAACAAGAUUGACCGGCCAGAAGCCAUCAGUGAAGAGAGGUUACGAGAGAUGUUUGGUUUGUACGGCCAGACAACAGGAAAGGGCAGUAUCCCUCUGAAGGAAUUGAACACCCGACCCUUAGAAGUCUUCAUGUGCAGCGUGCUAAAGAGACAAGGCUAUGGCGAAGGAUUUCGUUGGAUGGCCCAAUACAUUGAUUAAUGCCAAAAUCAUACUAGUGCAUAGUAUCUCCAACCUGUUCAUUAUUUGAUUGCUUGGUGUACAUAACUUGAACUCAAUAGACUUUGGUUACAAAAGCAUAUUUUUUUUAUUAUUGUAUCAAUUGUGUUAAAAUUAAAGUGUAAGGACUGAAAACAGAUUUUAAGCAAGUUUGUCAAUUUGGAUUUUGUAACAUUAGACUCUAGCUCCAUCAAACAACUUUCUUUGGGGUUUUAUAGCUUGUCUGUUGUCUUCAGUCCCUCUUUUUCUUUUUUCUUUUGACAGAGUGAAUUUCCAGCACGGUAUGUUUUCAGAUGCACUUUUUAACAGCUCAACCCUGCAGACUUGUUGGUCCUAUUUAAUGCUCAUCAUGUUAAAUUUUUAUGUACUUUUUUCAAAACUGGUUUUAUAAAUGUAGAGUGUAUAACCGCCUCUCAAAGAAUAGUAAUGAAUCAGCUUCUGGAUAAUUGCAUGAUGCCUUACGGUUUUAAAUAAUAUACUUUCUUAUGCAACGUCAUGCAAUAAAACUAAAUCCCGUUUCUUGGCAUCUUUAAUGGGAAAUACUUCAUUUUAAUGUGUUUUAACCCAGCAAGGAUGUCUCAAGCUGUGAAUAUGUGGGGUAGUUUUCUGAAAUGCAGUAUGAUUUCAGUGUACUAUAGACUUUUUAUUAUUUAUCUGAUUAUCUUUAUGCUGGAUCAAGUUAAUGUCAUCUAUAUUUCCUGAAAUUUAACAUUUGCUCAUGGUUGUUCAUGUUGUACAGUGAGAGGUACCAUGGUCUUGCUAUCUGCUGUAUACCUAAGUCUGAGUCCAGUGGCACCUUUAAGACCAACAAAGUUUAAUUCUGGGUAUACGCUUUCAUGUGCAUGCACCCUUCUUCAGACCUGAGCACUGACAAAUGCCUAAACACUUCUUGCACCAAUCCAGAGAACCACAGGAGUAGCAGAAAAUGUUGUACACCCUGCUGCAUCCAGAGGUUAAAAAAAAAUGCCUAGAGUAUAAGAUGAUGAACAGGGCAGGCUGCCAUGGGGUGGUGCACACCGUCGGUUACCAUGCUCGAUGUGUUCUGUCCUGCUGCAGCAAGCUUUUAUAUACUUAAUGGUGCCGACCCACAAGUAGCAGCCUGGUUCUGUGCAUGGAUCACGUUCACAGAACUGAAUCUCAGUGUUUUUGGUUUUCUAUCACAUCCUCUGUUGGUUGUCAUUCUUUUGUUAGGCUACAGUAUGACUGUGCAGUGAAUGUAGCUGUGUGUCAAUGAAGGGGUAGCAAUGGUGUAAAGAGGGAGCUGGUCCAGUGUCUUCUUUCAGUAGUAUUGUGCUAAAAUACUCUUUGGUUUUCAUAAUGUGGGCCACUGUACCUCUUGAUUAUAGGUAGUGAAUAAAGUCAUUAAGAACAAUCAACUCUGCCAGGAAUGUUAAUGCACUAAUUGUGAAAGCAGCCCAGUGUUGCAAUUUUCUUAACUUUGUAAGCCAAGCUUUAAGCCAGCACAAGGAAGUUGCCGCUGCAGCGGGGUGGGGGUGUCUUUUAAAAAGUUUGGCAGAAACAAGGAUUGUCUCGUGAGUGAUGUGACUUACAAACAAAUACAAUACCUUUAUUGGCAUAAAAUAUCAAAUACACAUGCAGCAUAG